UUUUUGUUUAAAUUGGUUUUUUAAUUUAAAAUUGUUGCGCGGUAACCUAUUUCUGUAUCUCUCUAAGACAGAUCACAUACUGUAGGGCUGCCCAGCUUCCCUCCCCUGCCCUUACCAUGGGUAAUGAAAGUCUCCCCAUCCAUGCACCCUAGAUCCCAGAGCCCUCACUGGCUGUGGCUUCAUCAUGGCACACUGCUCUUAGGGGCUUGGAGGUUCAGGUACCUUUUUUGGCUAUGAGUUGGAAUUGAAUCAGCAGCAGUGGGUUUGGUUUGUUUUUGGUUUUAUACUUAGACAUACACACAGCAGAGAUUCCUGGAUCUUCAACAGCUGCUACAUUGAUUGAGGCACCAGUGGCUUUCUGCUCUUUCUCUGCUAACUCCCCCAGUCUUGGAACAGUUCUGUCUCAGUCACAGGCUCUCUGCUCUUGCUGAGAGUCUGGUGUUCUCUUCUUUUGUCACUUCUGAUUUCUGCUUCUGAUUUUCUCUGCCAUACUCUUCACUGUGAUUUUUUUUUCCCUUCUCAGCUUCAUAUGUUGUUUUGGCGAGCAUUUGUUGAGCACCUGUUAAGUGCUCACCCCGGGGAUGCACAGGUGAAUAGAAGGCCAGCCAGGCAAAUGCAUGUAACUGUGCAGAGCAGCGUGGGCCAGUGCAGGCGCUGAGAACCAUGCGGGGAAAGGACACAUUCUGCCUGGGAAACAGGGGGACGUCUUCACUGAGAUGGUGACAUCUGCCCAUGUUCACUUGUGAAAAACUGGAAGGGAACUCCAGGGCCAGGAACAGUGUGAACCAGGGGACAUGUUUGGAGACAGGUGAAAAGUAGUGUAACUAGAGGAUUGUAACUGACAUUCAGGGGAGGCAAUGUGUGGCCUGACUGAAAAGACAGCAUGGGGCCAGGUUAAAAGGAAUCUGGUGUCACCACCACAGAUGAGCCAAACGUUAUUCUGAGGUAAUGAAGAGCCACUGGAGGGUUUCAGCAGAGUGACACUUGAGCUGUGAGCACCGUACCUUUGGCUGCCAGGUGAAGUUAGGAUUGAAGGGAGCUCAGUCAGAAAGCUUUUGCAGUCACCUGGAGAGAGAUGAGGAGGACCGUGCCAGGGUAGAGUGUAGAAAAAAGAGGAAAGGCUAAUUGUUGCAGAGGAAGAAUCAAUAGAGCUUGGUGAGGGGGCCAACAGGAUGGGCAGAAUUGGCCCUGGAUUUUAUCUUAGCAGUGGUACCACUGGUGAUGGUAUUAACUGAAAUAAGGUCUGCAGGACAGGAGCAGAAGUGGGGAAGAUACUGAGUUUGGUUUUAGAGGUAGUAGGUGUCAGUAGGAUAUCCACAUGGACUUGCCCAAGAGGCAGCUUGAACUAUGGGUCCAGGCCUCAGGAGUCAGCUGGUCUGUGACUUCAGGGUUUAGAUGACAGUGUAAACCUUAGGGAUGAGUGAGACAGUGCAAGGACAGCAUGUGUAGGAAAAAGAGAAUGGGAGACCGAGGGCACCUCAGGGCAUGCCAGCAUUCAAGGGUGGCUGAGGUUUCACUCUAAUUUGCUUUUGGUUAAGAUGUAGUGAGGAGAACAUGUAAAGAUCAGGUGGAGGAAGAGGAGGGAGCCAUCAAAGAGGUCAGAAAAGUCAGUGAUUGGAGAGAGGAGAGUGUCCCCAACAGGAAGGCGUGGUCAGGAUGGCAGUGGCACCAGGGGGUCGCGGGAUCAGAGACUGCUCAGAGAUUACGUAAGGUUAAGUGCCCUUUGGAGCUCAUGACUCAGAGCUCCCCAGGGUCAGUGAAAACUUGUGUGUGGAAACGCUUCUUCCGAAUGUCCUACUGCUUCUCAGUUUUCACGAAAAAGACGUCAGCUAAUCAAAAUGUUCAUUCUAGUUGGAAAACUGACUGAACAGAGUAUAACUUUUGAUCUUUGAUUCUUUUGGCAGUUCUUAUUAUUUGCACCUCUCUAGGCUUUCUAUUUCCCCUCUUCAAGGAGCAGAUCUUGUUCUGUUUCUAGCCAGGCUGGAGAAUCUUAAAAAGUUUUAGCCAAAAGUUUUAUACUACAUAGAUUUGGUUAUACUUCUUGUUAGGUGCCGUCAAGUUGAUUCUGACUCAUAGCGACCCUGUGUACAACAGAACGAAACACUACCCGGUCCUGCGCCAUCCUUACAAUCUUUGCUAUGUUUGAGCCCACUGUUGCAGCCACCGUGUCAAUCCAUCUCAUUGAAGGUCGUCCUCAUUUUCGCUGAUCCUCUACCAAGCAUGAUGUCCUUCUCCAGGGACUGGUUCUUCCUAAUAGCAUGUCCAAAGUAUGUGAGACAAAGUCUCACCAUCCUUGUUUCUAACGAGCAUUCUGGCUGUACUUCUUCGAAGACAGGUUUGUUCCAUUCUUCUGGCGGUCCAUGGUGUAUUCAAUAUUCUUCACCAACACUGUAAUUCAAAGGUAUCAGUUCUUCAGUCUCUCUUAUUUAUUGUCUAGCUUUCGCAUGCAUAUGAGGCAAUUGAAGAUACUAUGACUUGGGUCAGGUGCAACUUAGUCCUCAAAGUGAUGUCUUUGCCUUUUAACUUUUCGAAGAGGUCUUUUGCAGCAGAUUUGUCCAAUGCAAUACAUUGUUUGAUUUCUUUACUGCUGCUUUCAUGGACGUUAAUUGUGAAUCCAAGUAAAAUGAAAUCCUUAACAACUUCAGUCUUUUCUCCUUUGUCAUGAUGAUGUUGCUUAUUGGUCUAGUUAUGAGGACUUUUGUUUUGUGUCGAGGUGUAAUCCAUAGUGAAGGCUGUGUAGUCUUUGAUCUUCAUCAGUAAAAUGCUUCAAGUCCUCUUCACUUUCAGCAAGCAAGGUUGUGUCAUCUGCAUAUUGCAGGUUGUUAAUGAGUCUUCCUUCAAUCCUGAUGCUACAUUCUUCUUCAGCUUCUUGGGUUAUUUGCCCAGCAUACAGAUUGAACAAGUAUGGUGAAAGGAUACAAACCUGAUGCACGCCUUUCCUGAUUUUAAACCACGCAGUAUCCUCUAAUUUGUUAUACUAAAGCCUUUUAAUCUGAACUCGUUAGUAUGCGUGAUAGAGCUCACAUCUUGUAUGCAUUUAACUCACCUGACUUCAGCUGUGCGUGUAGUGAAACGAGAAAGCAUGAUGUACAUGGCACAUUUGAUGGCUCUGCCUGCCCCGUCCUAGGCUGAGGUAGGUGGAGGUCUGCUUUCCCUCCAUCUCUCACCUCUCGGAUACCUUUCGUAGUGUCACGAAGUCUCCAAACAGAUGACGAUUCUGGUAUUUAAAGAAAUGUGUUUUGUGUGUGUGUAAUAUAACCUCCUAAACAUAAGCAUGAAGCCCUGGUGCUGCAGUGGUUAAGUGCUUGGCUGCUAACCUGAAGGUCAUCCGCUCUGUACGAGAAAGAUGUGGCAUCUGCUUUUACAAAGAUUUACAGCCUUGGAAACCCUUGGGGCAGCUCUGCUCUGUCCUAUAAGGGUCACUGUGAGUUGGAAUCGACUCAACUGCAAUGGUUUGGGGUUUUUUGGGGAAACAUGAGCUACUUGGUCUGAUGCUCAAAGAAAUAGCAAUCUGUUCCACCGUGGGAGGAAGGAAGCUGUUUAAGAAUUAGUCUGUUUCUAAUGUAUCUUUCUAAGAGAUUCUUAAGGGCAUUGUUGACUAUAUACCAUUUUCCCCUUCCAUGAAGACCUUAGAUCCUAGCAGUCAUAUAAGGUGUACCUCCUUAAUGAGAUACCAGUUGCCAUACAGUCGAUUCCAGCUCCUGGCAGUUCCAUGAGUUGCGUAGUAGACGUGCACUCCAUAGGGUUUUCAUGGCUGUGAUCUUUUGGAAGUAGAUCACCAGGCCUUUCUUUUGAGGUGCCUCUGGGUGGAUUUGAACCACCAACCUUUAGGUUAGUAGUCAAGUGCUUAACACUUUGUGCUACCCAGAAACUCCGUUAAUUAGAUAUGCACGUAAGUGAAAUCAGCCUUCUCUCUGUCGUUCUUUGGAAGUAACACCAAUGCUACGUUUGAGAAGAAGGGCCACAAGACAAGUACUGAGCAAAGAGGGUAAUUUGAAACCUUCUAGUAUCCUGAGUUCCAGAGGAGAUUGGUGUACUGGGGAGUAAGAGCAGGAAGGUGUGAGUGGAGGGUCCUGAGGGGCCAUUGAGGUGAUGGGCUGUCAGGGACGCAGGCACAUUGAAAAGAGUUCGGAUCAUGCUUCAACAGCCUUAGCUUCUCAUCUCAGGACUAUGAGUCAUGGGGAGUAGAAAGUGCUUAACCUUUCUUUCCUUGUGUGGACAGGGAAAUUGAGCUUCUCUGUGAGAUUUAAAGGACUCUGCAGACGAAUUUGCUUAGAUGGAACAGAGGAAACAGCAAAUGGACAGAUGCAGGGAAAGGAAUGUAUUACAGGUUUGGUUGAAGUUCUACCUUUUGUAACAGUUAUGAUUACCAUCAUUUCAGUAAGCCUUCACGUAGGGAAAUGACAUUAUUAGACACAUUGUUGGCGUCUUUGAGCCUAACUUAGGAGAAAUAAAGCGCACCAAUGCCCUGGUUUUCACUCAGGACAGAUAGUUCUUGGACUAGAGUACUGCUUAUUAGAUGGCUUGGCUUCCUUUUGACUUAACAUAAACAUAGUCCAUUUUAUAUCUUCUUGAUAUCUAUUCUUUUCCCUCCUCUCUUCAUCUCUCAAGGAGCCCUGGUGGCACAGUGGUUAAAGCGUUCGCUUGCUAACCGCAGGGGUGGCGGUUUGAACCCACCAGCCACUCCGCGGGAGAAAGAUAUGGCAGUCUGCUUCCGUAAAGAUUUACAGCCUUGGAAACCCUGUGGGGUCGCUAUGAGUCGGAAUCGACUUGACGGCAAGCUUUCAUUGUUGAGGUUCCUCAGUGCUGAACUAACAAGAGGGUACUUCCUUGAACAUAAUGAGGCCAAGUAUACAGAAAGAAGAGAAAGAGUAUACACUUGUAUGCGAAUACCAAGAGAAUUGGAAAAGCUCAUGGUUUUUGGAAUCUUCCUGUGUCUGGAUGCGUUUCUGUAUGUGUUCACCCUGCUCCCUUUAAGAGUUUGCCUGGCACUGUUUCGGCUCUUCACUUUGCCUUGCUAUGGCAUAAGGGACAGACGUUUGCUUCAGCCUGCCCAAGUGUGUGACAUUUUGAAGGGUGUCAUUUUGGUACUCUGCUAUUUUAUGAUGCACUAUGUGGACUACUCCAUGAUGUAUCACCUAAUUCGAGGGCAGUCUGUCAUCAAGCUCUACAUCAUCUACAACAUGCUUGAGGUAGCUGAUCGUCUAUUUUCAUCAUUCGGGCAAGACAUAUUGGAUGCUCUCUACUGGACGGCAACGGAGCCUAAAGAAAGAAAAAGAGCCCACAUUGGGUUUGUUGAAAUUAAAGGAAGUGUUUUCAAGAAGUUUGAAAAGAACAAUCUCUUUCAGAUGUCAAAUAGCGAUAUCAAGGAGCGGUUCACAAAUUAUGUGCUUUUGCUAAUAGUGUGUCUAAGAAACAUGGAACAAUUUUCUUGGAAUCCAGAUCAUCUCUGGGUGUUAUUUCCAGAUGUCUGUAUGGUGAUUGCAUCAGAAAUUGCUGUGGACAUUGUAAAACAUGCUUUCAUCACCAAGUUCAAUGACAUUACUGCUGAUGUCUACAGCGAAUACAGAGCCAGCCUUGCUUUUGACCUCGUUAGCAGCCGACAGAAAAACGCCUAUACUGAUUAUAGUGACUCUGUGGCACGGAGGAUGGGGUUUAUUCCUCUUCCACUGGCUGUAUUACUCAUCAGAGUUGUAACAAGCUCAAUUAAAGUGCAAGGAAUCCUGUCUUAUGCCUGUGUCAUACUCUUCUAUUUUGGGUUGAUAUCCCUGAAAGUACUUAAUAGCAUUGUGCUAUUGGGAAAAUCAUGCCAAUAUGUGAAGGAAGCCAAAAUGGAAGAAAAGUUGUUCCACCCUCCCCCAACCAGCACUCCGGGCAAACCACACAGUAAAUCACAGAACAAAAGUAAAUCCCCUCAAGGCCUUGCCACUGAAGAAACCCUCUCUGCUUCAGUCACCAGCCAGCCUACUCAUCCAAAGGAGAACGUUAUCCCACUCCUUGUGACAAGCAAUCCUGACCAGUUCCUGACCACUCCAGACGGUGAUGAGAAGGACAUAACACAGGAAAAUUCCGAAUUGAAACACAGAUCCUCAAAGAAAGACCUGUUAGAGAUAGACAGGUUUACAAUUUGCGGAAACCGGAUUGACUGAACCUGGUGGCCACUGCGCCAGAGACACGGAGUCUCGGGCUGCAGACGCGGUGCCGCCAGGACGGACAGAUGGGAAAAGUGGCACUUAAAUAUUUAUUUAAAAACUUAAAUUAUUAACGGCGAGCAAAUAUUAGUAUCUUUCUUCCAGCAGUGUGGUUGGGGCCAAGGUCCAGUCACAGAACAACAGCGAUCUCCAGCUUUGACUUCUGGGGUGAUUUGGUGGAUCACGGAGACUUCUGCCUGCUGGCCAAGCAGCAGCGGCACUUCGGGGACCCGGUGGAAGCAGCAUCAGAAUCACGUGUGCUUUAUCCGUCGUCCUCGAGGCCUCUUCAGUAUCAGGAUAUACCUGGAAAACUGUGAAACUCAGACCAUGACAUGGUCUUUCCAGUCUCACACUAUUUUCACAGAGUUUUCAAACUUUACUGCAUCUGCCAAAGCAUUAAAAGAAAAUUACUAAACAUAAGUCGAGAAACGUUCUGACCCCUACAAUAAUCCUUGCAGAUGUAUCUGAAUUAAUCAGAAUAAAAGGCUACUUUAAAUAAGAUGUGAUACAUAGCAUUUUAUAGAAACACAAAAACCCGAAGCCAUUUAGUUUAUUUUGUAAAAAAAAAAAAUCUGUUAAUGAAGUUAUGCAUCACUGAGAAAAUGUUUCCUGAUUAUUCCGUUGACUCUUUAAAGCAGAAGCUGGGCUGUGUGUUGUUCAAUUGCUGUGGCUAAAAUAGAUGCCCUUACAAGGGGGCAUUUUCUAUACUGCAAAAGCAGAGCCUGUUAACUUUCAGGUAGGGUUAACUGGUUUUCUAUAAGUUUAAUUGCUUCAUAAAUUGUCACAGCUAAAAGGAUUUGAACAGGCUGGAGAAUUGCCAGUGUACAGAAUUCAGAGGCGUCAGCUUUCACUGGGUUUUUUCAGUAACCAUUUUAAAGUAUAUAUCCCAAGUAGAUUGAGCAACACCGUCUUGGGCUUAUCAAAUGCAAUUGGCUUUCUGUUUGGAGCAUUGUGGGUGUGUCUGUGUUGGGAGUGGGGUCUGUAUGGGGGUGGGCUCUGUAUGGGGGUGGUGACUGGGAUGUGCCUGUGGUGGGGGUGUGGGCGGGUUCCUGCUGAGAGAGCACUUUGUGUGAAAGCCCCUGGGUGUGCUGAGGAGUUCUGUCUAGAUGCUGGGAACAGCAACCAAAAGUUGCAUUUUGGUUUCGUUCAAGAUCCGGAUUCCAUUUAGGCUUAAUGACUAGUUUGUGGCCUACAGGGUAGGACGAGUUAUUUUCCAUCACAUUUUACUUGAGAAACCUUUCUGCAUUUUAUAAACAUCUUACAUUUACAACUUCUGUUUCCAGAACUGUCCAGAAGAUAUUGUUACUGUUAUUUUUUCUUUUUCUUUUUUGGUGCUUUGAUUUUGAAGUUCAGCUCUUGUAUGUGCAGGUGUUUCAGGCAUAUGCUAGGCAGAAAGUAAAUUGGAGUCAAUUUGUCUGUUUCCUGGGUGAAAUAUAAAGCAGUCUUAUGCUUCAGCUUGUUCAUUUGAAAUACAAAAGUGAAUUUUCAUGCUUGGUAUUAUGCUCAGGUAGGGCAAAGGCAAAAAUUGUCUGCAGAUGCUCCUAGGAGAUCAGAAACUAUUUCAAGUGAAAAAUGAAAAGACUUUGAUUGUUCUGUGUAUGUUUCAAUAAUUCCAUUUUGGAAUUAUUAUUUUCUCCAUCUCCUCUUUCAUCAACAAGAGGAACAUUGCCCACAGCGAAUGGGAACAAUUUGAGGAAAGCUUUGCCAGGCAUAGGCCUCCCUGAUCAGAGCAAGAACAUAAUUUGGGUGUGUGUUUCAGUCCCGCUUGAAUUCUCCUGUCUCUGUGCUGUCAUGUUGGGAAGAUUUUUGUUUCCUUUGCAGAUGCUGUAGGGAGUCUGGGACGAUGUUCACGUCCAUUUCUUCUGUUACAAUGGCAUUCAGUACUAAUUUUCUAAGUGCAUCUUGUGUGAAACUCAAUAAAUUCAAUUUUGUAAUCUUUUCUAAAAA